GUCACAGCUCAUGAAUAUGCACCAAACACCUGCCAUCUUGGUGUAGAGGGGAACUCGAGUACAGUCAGCAGCAAACAUGAUUUCACUUUGAACCACAGUCGGCCAAAACAGGGAUAGCUCCUCCGUGGAUUAGGGAAUGAAGAUAUGAAGGGAAUAUCUUGGGUUCUUUUUCUGGUCGUCCUUGCCCAGAUCGGCCACAGGUCACUGUCUAUCUCCGGCGCUCCAUUGGAAAACCCGUUUCCUCUUGGCACUAUAGUUUGGCAGCUGCCAAGACAUCUACGACCUCCGCGGUGACGAAGGACUGCCAACAGGAGGAGGAGGAGGAGUUCCGCCUGAAGACGCGCGAGAUCGAGUUGCUGGAGGAGGCCAUCUGGCGCCUGAUCCAAGAAGGCUUCACGUGGCAGGAUGCCUACACACAGUGCACGCUGCAAACACGUUGGUGGCAUUCCAGCGCGGCCGCCACUUCAGCCCUCGAUUGUGCGAAGACGCCCUCGGCGUGUCCCCUUCCUCCUCAUCGUCGCACUCUUCUUCGUCAUCACCGGCGGCGACCUGGGUCCAGGGCACCGACUCGGAAAUAGCUGCUGUUUUGAAAGAGCUGCUGCGCACGGCGGAGGUUGGGGAGCGGCCUUCUGCCAGAAACUUUCUUCACCCACGCUCGGACCUUUCCGACUGGCGGCCGAGGCACCACCGAUCCCAGUCUCCCACCGACAACUUCAUGUUCCCUUGGGGUCAGGAGGCCGAAGGUCAGGAAGAGUCCGAGUUCGAUGAUGGGCUUUACCCGCUCAACUCCAACAAACGCGACGAGUUCGUGCAGGUCCACAAAUAUUUCGAUCAGUCUAAAGGCCAGUUGAAGAGGGCGCCCUUCGUGCCAGUCAGCGACAGCGACAACUACAUCAAGGCCUUUCCACAGGAGACACUCCGCUUGCCGUCGGAUGACGGUGCCACCGACCUUGACAAGAGUUAUUCCCCUUACCAAGCUUUUUCGCCAAGCGAGGAACAGGCCCUCCUGGAGGCGGUGCAGCAGGAGGAAGAGCAACAGGAGGAGGACGACGUCGCACCAGAAGGGCAAGGUCACUUGCAGGAUGGCGGCACCGACUUUUUCAACAUCCCAGAAGCGGAACCUGUGGGGGCUCCUGGGAUGGAAAGCAGCAUGGGCAUUCAGACUAGCUUGACUGAACAAGGGAAUCUGCAAGAGGCCAUGGCAGCCGAGAGUUCUGUGGAGGGAUCGUUAUCACUUUCUCCAGACGACGAGGCCACGCUGGAAGGGCUUCUAGAAGGGAGCGUGGAGCCGGACCAACUACCCCUGGCACAGCAGCGACGUUUGUCCCGCUUCAUCGAGGUCAUGAUCUCGCUACUGGAGAUGCGAGGAACCGACCACCUGAAGGAUGUUGACGUAGUAGCAGACGACAGCACAGCCUCGUCCCGUCUGCCGCCCUCGGAGGACAACCCGCUUGCCACCCAGCAGGCAGCCAGCGCCACGCUCAUCGCUUCUCAGCACCACGAUGUCGACGACAACGAGAACCAUCAGGACACAGAUGGCGAAGAGGGAGGCGGGGCUGACGACCCCAAGGAGGACAACCUCGAGCCCCCGAGCAAGCUGACACCUGAUGAGAAAGACGACAGCGACGAUGCUGAUGUGGUCCUCGAGAAGAAGGCACCCAAGCUCGAUGACGACGACGAAUCGUCGAAACCCAGAGAGAAGGACGACAACAAGGCAGUGGUAGAUAUACGCUACACAUACAUCAAGUUUAACAACAAAGUCGACGAAAAGUCUGCGCCCGGACUCGUGGCCAACCUGACGGACAUCCUCAAGGUGCCGCCCGGCGUCGUGCAGGUGGACCAAGUUGAUGGAAAUCAGUUGAUCCUGAAGGUGUACCCUGACAGCAAGUGGAACUCCAGCACGCUUGCCAGCCAAGCCGAGGACCACAGCGAAGAAUUGUACUCAGCGACUGGCCUGAAGGUGGUGGAUGCUGGCGUGGGUAAAGGGGUGACUGUCGAGGUGAAGAAGCAGGACGGGACCUAUGUGGUUGUGACCUUCGUGCUGGUAGGCUGCAUCGCCGGCGUGGUGCUGGCCGUCACCAUCAUCUACCUGCUGCGACGACAUCGACGAUCACGGCAGAAGUUGGCGCAGCUGGCAGCCACGUCUGACGGCAACGAGGCCUCCAAAGACUACCAGGACCUAUGCCGUCAGCGCAUGCAGAGCAAGGCGUCAGAGAAGCCGGAGCCCCUCCAUGCCGCCUCCCGCAUCGGCAGCGUGUCCGAGUCGCAGGUGCGCAGUCCAUCCAGCCGCUCCUCCACAUCCUCCUGGAGCGAGGAGCCAGCGGCCACCAACAUGGACAUCUCAACCGGCCACGUUGUCCUGGCCUACAUGGAGGACCAUCUCAAGAACCAGGACCGUCUGGAACAAGAGUGGGAGGCUCUGACGGCUUACCAGGCGGACCCCUGUGGCACCACCGUUGCCGCUGACGCCGCCAACGCUCGCAAGAACCGCUACUCCGACGUCCUACCGUAUGACCAUUCCCGCGUAAUACUGUCUGCCUCAACUAAUGUUUCCAACUCUGACUACAUCAAUGCAAGCUUCAUCACGGACCAUGAUCCUCGAAACCCAGCUUACGUUACCACUCAAGGUCCUCUUCCACACACAGUGGCCGACUUCUGGCAGAUGGUCUGGGAACAAGGCAGUGUGGUGAUAGUGAUGCUGACUAAGCUUACAGAAAAUGGAACAAGCAUGUGUCAUCGCUACUGGCCAGAAGAGGGCAGUGACCUGUACCACAUCUAUGAGGUCCACCUGGUCUCUGAGCACAUCUGGUGCGAUGACUACCUUGUGCGCAGUUUCUACCUAAAGAACCUCCAGACAAAUGAAACCCGCACUGUGACUCAGUUCCACUUUCUUACCUGGCCACACCUGUCUGUUCCCCCCUCCAUGAAGGCUCUUUUGGAUUUCCGCAGGAAAGUGAACAAGUCUUUCCGCGGUGGCUCCUGUCCUAUUGUUGUCCACUGCAAUGAUGGGUGUGGACGUAGUGGUACCUACUGUCUGAUUGAUAUGGUGCUGAACCGCAUGGCCAAAGGAGCAAAGGAGAUUGACAUGGCUGCCACUCUUGAGCACAUCCGAGACCAGCGCAUGAACAUGGUACAAACAAAGGAACAAUUCCAAUUUGCACUGUCAGCGGUAGCAGAUGAGGUGCACGCCAUCCUCAAGGCUAUGCCUCAGUGAGCAAAGACCUUUGCUGUUUGCCACAUGAAGAACUCUCUUGGACUCGGACCUCGGACUAUGGACACAAGACAUGCCCCUUGCUCGACUGCACAGAGCUGCUGAGCGGCCUGCGGCACCCACAAUUUGUGUGUUGUCCAUCAUUUUUUGCCGUCUGUUGCGUCCUGAAUCCUGUACCAGUAAAAUGUGUAGCAGCUCAGGUAGCGGAUUACUUACCUGAUAAGGAUGCAGUAUAUUUGAAAAUUAGACAGAAAGAAGUAACAAAAACACCAAAAACUCCCCUCUAACCAUAGGGCAGGUGAAGUCAUCUUAAGUUAAACCAGUCUGUAGGGAUUUAGUUAAUCCAGUUAAAAGAGAUUCAGUCACAUUCUUUUUUGUAUGCCUGAUAAACAUCAUAUUAUUUGCUUUUUUCCUGCAAUAUAUAUAUAUUUUUUCUCUGCAUGUGUGUGGUGUCUAGUCCACCAUUUUCAAAAUCCGCAUUUUCUUUUAACAGGGAUGUUCAAAAAAGGACUGCAUUUAUGAGAAAAGUUAUUAAGGUUUUAAGAUCUGCAAAUCUGCAAGGUAACAUGAAUCUGACAUCAAUUUUGUGUUUUCGCAGAUGUAAUAUUACCAUUCGACAAUUAGCCAUCUUUGUCUCGAUAGUGUAUGUACUUAAAAACUCAGUCUGACUGCUAAUUUAAAAAUAUAUUAGAAAUGCAGGAGCAAUAUACUUAUAGAUUUUGACAUUUCAAGACAAUUUUAUCUGCAUUACCCAUUAACAUAACAAAAUAUGACUUUUAAAAAUGUAUUCACAUAAUAUCAAGACUAUCUAAAGAUACAAUUUUUUAUUAACAUUUAGAAAAUUUUAUCUUGUGCUUUUGGGUGUGAAGAAAUUGUGAAAUAUUUGCAGUAUCACAAUGAAAAUGUUAGUUGAGUAUAAUAAUACAUACAACCUGUAAAAGAAUGAGAUAGCUGUUCAGAUUUUUCAUCAGCUUUAUUAUUCAUACACAAAACAGUGAUGGAAAACAUGCUAGGUACAGGCCAUAGUUUUGAACUGCAGAUCAGUCUCCUGAUAUCUUACACAACAGCAUUUUCGGUGUCCGACUUCAUGUUGCCUGUAACAUAUUUGCAGAAUCUCUGUGAAGAUCUCUCUUCAUCUUCACUUUGAUCACUGUUACAAUCUGAGCUUUAGCAGAAAAUCAGUCCUGUUCCUGGAUUCUCUUAUUUGAAGGAGUUUUGUUCCCUUUUUACCCUUUGACCACAACAUUUUCUGAAAUGGAUACAUACAAAUGUUUGUGUCUAUGCCUUCAGUUGGAAAUGUUUCUUCAUUCUUAAAAUAAUGACCCUUGAAUUUAAGUAUCAGUACAUAGAAGCCAUGCAUAAUCUACUUAAAAGAUGCUGUUUAAGAGCCGGGCUAGGGUUAGUACUUUAUUAGCCUAUGCAGAAUUUAAGAAAAGGUUAUAUUGAGAGUUGUUCUUGUAAUUAAAGGAUAUGUUGAUGAGCAUACGGUGCUCCUAUCUGUUAGCACCUCUUAAACAGUCAUGGUACCAGUAAAAAGUCAAGAAGGUUUUUAACAACUUAACUUCGAAUGAAAUAAAAACCACUUAAAAAUAAUAUACUACAGAUAGCCUUAGGGGUAUGUUUGAGUGUAGUUUGUUGGUUUCAACCUUGUGGUUGUCUUGUUUGUCAACAUCUGAAGAUGAAGAUUGGAAUGGCAGCAUUUUGUUUCUCUUACCCUUGAGAUGAUCGUAAGGCCAGAAAUUAACCAUUUUCUCCUGUUCUUAAAGUCUAAAUAGUUCUUUUCAGAAAAUUGGAAAGGGGGAGUAGUGGGGUUUUUUUUUUGGGGUUUUUUAGGUCCUGUGUUACAUUCCUUCAUCUUCUUAAACUUGGAUUCAGAAGGUUAUCUUCACAUUCUAUUUUGCUAUAUGGAACAUACAAAGAAGAUGCAUAGGGGGAUCAAUUAAAAUAUGUAACUGUUUGCUUUAACAGAUUUUUUUCAUGAGAUGUUUAGUAAACAUUCUCUUGAGCUUGGCUGUUACACAAUCAGCCUGAAACAAUGUAUGAAAGGGGCCUCUAGUGCCCUUCAAAUGUUAACAUUCCUUGAACACAGCUGAUGUAUUGCAUGUAGUCUGCAGUCUUGCUGAGAUAUCUGGUCUUGAUGACAUCAUAGCCUAACAUUCCAUUGAAAACCAGCCAUGUUCUAGCUUUAUAAAGUCUCCCAUUAAUUAAAUUCUCAGCAUUUUAUGCUCAUACAAGGUUCUGUUAUCCUCAAAGAUCUGAUAUACCCCCAUUAAAGGCAUCUGCUGAACAACUUGAAAAAAACUUUUCACAAAAACAAAUAUGUUGAUUUUUUUCAUAUCCUGAUAAAAACCAUGGUGGUUGGAGCAUGGGAAGAAAUGGGAUCAUUUGGUGAAGCGUCAGAGAAAUAUCGGUGUCGAUGUGAAGAACAAAACUAGAACUUUUAGCUCUUGAGAAAUUUUCAGUGUGAUUUGAUUUCAUUUUUUUUCUGAAAUUGCAGUAAGAUAGUUUCUGUAAAGAAUUUUAGGGCUUUUUGAUUUGUUUGUAUGCCAUUGUUUCUACCAGUCAGUUACAAAUGUACUGUGAUAAUCUUUCCCAGUUCUUCAGUCAGGAAGGAGACAUUUUGGGAAUGUGUUGCCCACUGUAUUCCUCAGCACUCUUCCUUUUCCAACUGAUGGUAUUCAGCUGUCCUUCUGAAGCUAGAUAAGUAUUGCCAAAGCCUAUAGAUGUAAUGAUAAAGUCUUUCAUUCUCUUAGUCUGAACUAAGAGAACAAGAAACAAAAUAGUUGAUUGGCUUCUAAGAUUGUUUAUCCACAAUGUUACAGAUGGGACAAACAGAUGUUCCCCUAUGUAAGUCUAAAAGAAUCGGUUUUGUUUUGUGUCUGUAUGUAUCAGCAGACUGAAUGGCUCCAAUCAAAACUGAUUGUAAUUGGUGUAAUUUUCCCUCAAGCAAUUGAUGGCCUUUAACAUCCUUUGUGUAAAUCAGUUGAACCCAUUUUCAGCCGUUACUGUUCUCAGAGAAGCCUAUUGUUGGACCUCAUUGUUUCACUGUGCUCCAUCCACGCAUGUUUAUCAGCAUACAUCUUUGAUGUAAGAUUAAACUGAAGAUUCUUUGUGGCCACUUAAAAAUGAUUUAUUAAUCCCCAUUUGCCCCUUUCGCUCUUUCAGUCUGUUUCUGGUGUAGUGCAAUAUUCCAUGUGAAAUAAAUUUUAUCUUAAAGUAAAGAAAGUGCAAAGCUGGAAGGAGAAAAGACAUUGUUGAUGAUGAUUGUGAUAUUUAAGAAAAGUCUGUUUUGAUUGACUGAUUGACAGAAUCCUUGUUAAGCUUCUAAAUAUUGAAUGUCCUCAUUUUGUUUUGAUGUUGUUUGUAACCCCCUUUUUUUCCACUCCGUUUCUUUAUCUUCCUGUUUGUUUUCCGUGCAUGUCUUGUGUGGAAGUCAAUAAACUGAUUAUUCUGCAA